ACAUCCUCUCGUUUGUACUUAUCUUCCCUUUCGACCCGGUGACAUGUUAUUUUCUUUCAAAGCCACAGUUUGAAAUUGAGUGCAGUCAGACCUUUUGUGCUGAUAGAAUUUACAUGAGGCUGUAUUCAGAUUGAGUCCGCUUCUUUCAUCGCUGUUGUGACAGUUGGCGGACUUGACAUCAGUUCAGGAACUCAAUUCAAGCUCACGUCAACCUCGUUCUGUCGAGUUGCUCUCAGAGUGCUAAAGAUCCAGGAAACAACAGCUCAACACGCUCCAGGUGGUUAAAAAAUUCACCUCGUGGAGAAGUGAUGGAGGCUGAUAUCUUUGACUAUCACAAAGAAGAAGAGCCUGUGGACAUUGAUACUUUUCAAGGCGGAAAGCAAAAGCUGAUUCAGCCAACAUCUUUAAAUGACCCCAAACUGGAAAAACUAAAGGAGGCAUUGGUUUAUUGGAUCAAUAGCACUUUGAAACCAGAGCACAUAGUGGUUCAGAGUCUGGAGGAGGAUAUGUACGAUGGACUGGUACUUCAUCACCUUCUGUCCAGUUUGGCUGGUGUAAAAUUGUCUCUGGAGGAAAUGGCCCUGACCAGCAAGGCUCAGAUUCAUAAACUGGAGGUGAUCCUGGAGGAGUUGGACAAGAGACUGGGCCUGCAGGACAGCAGCCAGAUCAAGUGGAACGUCACACUCAUUCACAACAAAGACCUUCUGGCCACUAUUCAUCUGCUUGUUGCCAUGGUGAGAUGUUUUCAGCCUGAGCUGGAUUUACCACCAAAUGUAAAGGUUGAAGUUAUAGUUGUGGAGGUAACUAAAAGUGGAAUAAAAUCAGAUGUUCAGACUGAGGUCCUAACAGGAGCGAGAGGUGCUGGCUCAAACUCCCAGAGGGAUACCGAGAGGGAAGAUCCUAUCGAGGAACUGCUAAAGCUCGAGCCUCACAAGGUCAACACUGUGAAGAAGGCCAUCUUACUCUUUGUAAACCAGAAUAUGUUGAGUCUGGGUCUGCAGGUGGCUGAUAUGGAAAAGCAGUUUGCUGAUGGGGUGAUUUUGCUGCUGCUCAUUGGACAGCUGGAGGGCUUCUUCAUCCCUCUCCAUGACUUCAACCUGACCCCCGUCAAUCCCUCUGAGAUGCUUCACAAUGUGACCUUGGCUCUAGACCUCCUCAAUGACAUCGGCAUCCAGAUGUCCAGCGUUGACCCACAAGAUAUUGUCUCUCAGGACGUCACUGCCACCUUGAAGAUCCUGUACGCCCUGUUCAAGAAGCACAAAGGGAAGUAAAGAGGACGGAUGUGUGAAGAGGAACUCAGCAAUGAGAAAUACAGACAGAGAAGAAGUGUGUGUGUUUCUUAACUGUGGCAAAUUAUGUCACACUAAACAAAUGAAUAUUUAAAGGGUUAAAUUUACUGUUUUUUUAAAACUAUUUGGGGCUACACCAUAGAAAAAAAAAUAUAUAAAUGCCAGAACUCUAAGUAAUUAUAAGAAGUUUUAACGUAAUCAAUAGUUGUCUAAGAGCCCAGGCAGCAACAUCAAUUCAUUUCAAAUUAAUUGCUGCAAUUAGUGGAUCUGCUCGUUAAUUCUGAAGAAAUCUGCCAUGUUUUUUUUGUUGUUGCUGUUGACCUACAACAAACCAUCUUAUUACAGAUGACCUUCAAGGAUACAGAGGGCCAAAAAGUAUUAAAUGAGACAUUUUAAACCAAGAGGCAUGGUUUUGUGCUGUCUCUAUUUUAAGACAUACAUCAUUACAAUGUUGGAUAUUCAUACUGAAAGUUGGCAACGUUUUUCUUUUUUUUCUACCAUGAUGAUUUUGUGACACUCCUUAUAUGGUCACAUGACCCAGGAAAAGCUGGCAAAGCUGGCGAAGAAAGUGUGCUUGUGGGUUAAAACAACUUAUUCCCUACCUUUAAGUAAACUAUAUAAAGUUGUGUUCUCACUAAUUGCUUUACCUUGGCUGUUUUUUAUACAAACUGUUUUGAGUAUUUUGAGAGGGAUUUUAUUUUAGUUGAGCUGUUUUUAUCGGAGUUUCUUUUUAGAUAUGUGUAUUUUAUUUUAUUUACUGUUACCCUGCUGUGGACUGGAAGAAAAGCAAUUUGUAUUUUAUUCUGUAAAUCUCAAUCUCAAAAUCUCAAUCAGUUUGUUGUGAAUGUGACUAAUUAAGAAAUCAAUGGCAGUGGCUCAGGUGAUGGAGCAGCUCGAUCCCCCAGCUCCUCUUCUCCACGUGUGUGUGUCCCUCUGGGUACGUAUAAGAACUGGUUAGCUCUCUGACAUCAAUAUGUUUGUGUUAAUGGCUGAAUGAGGUGCAAAUUGGUUUACAAAUGCAGCUAAUUGCAAUCAAACUAAGGCAGGUUCUCCAUCAUUACCAGAUCUUGAGGCCGUGGCUUGUACAGAGGCUCUUUAUCAAAAUUGUAUUUCCAGGCUGCAUUUUCCAAAACAUUUGUACCACUCUCUGGUCUUGCUCUGCCUUCAUGGUCUGUUAAAAUACCGUCUACAUUGCAAAGACAACUGACGGCUGGACUGUGCAGCAUCAUAGUGAGGGGCUCAAUGUGUUUUGAAAUCAAAAUCCUGAAACUUUCUUAACAUUCAUACCUGAAAGAGGAAGAAGGUUCCCGUCAUAAGGAGGAUGGAGAUAUUGUUCAAACCUUUGGCAGACACAGCAGACAGCUUUCAGACAGUCUCUCCCGGAAAACCUUCAUGGUGUUGUACUCGAUUGUUCACUCCAAAGGUGAAAGAAAUGGUUGUGUGAAGAAUGAAAAAAAAAAUGGUGCCAGUGAGAGAAGUUCAAACCUUUCACACCUACACACAGCUGGCCAAUUGCAGCUUGAAGUGGUUGUGAAAGUUAGAGUUUUAGUUUCGAAAAGAUGUAAAAAAAAAACACACAAAAAACAAAUUUGUCAAUGUUUUCUCUUUACUUUUCACUCCUGCUAUUGGAAAGCAACCGUCCUUUGCUGCCACUUCUCAGCAAACAAUGUGUUGUUUUUUUUUGUCUUUUCUGCUUCUUUCGCGUUCGUGCAGAGAGUCUGUGAACUGUUCUCUUUGGAGAAUUUAAAUGCAAUUGUCAUUUUUUGGAGCAAUUGUUUGUUUUGCCAUUGAUUUGUUAGACACUCAAUGUCCCGAGCAUGCAGAGUGCAGCGGAGAUUAACGAGGGGAUGAAACAAUGGAUGUGAUUGAAUUCAAGCAUAUUUUGCAAAUGGACUGUCACGAUAAAUAGUGGACCAAAGCUGGGUAGAUACACUUAAUUAUCUUUACAAAUUUAUGGACACCAUUAGUGAUAACUAAGUAGAAACUUUAAAGUGCCUGAGUGUAAACUAAUGGUAUCUGUCUUCCACUGCCUCGUUGUCUGGUUCUGUUUGUGCAGAGUGAAGUUCUUUGUUUGUGUCCUGGGGUUAUUUGUAUACAAAUUUGGGGAAUGCUAAACAGUAACAACAGACACUUUCACCCUUUUUGAUUCCCUGCAGUUUUCUUGCAAAUGUGUUUGUUGACAUUCAGGGAAGCCAAUUUAUGCAUAUUUCUUACUAGGGUGAUGGAAAAUACUAUUUUUCCUUCCCCUGACAUUUGAAAAAAUUUGCAUAAAAAUUUGCUCUGCAGUCAGGUGAAAUCAUAGCUGCUGCAGAGAGGGGGACAGACGGAGGUUGGGAUUUAAAGAGACAUUGAGGUGUGUGUUGCUCUUGUUCAUCAUGUGCAUUGACCAUUUCAGCUGACAGUUAAAGUCAUAUGAUAUCAAAGUGAGGUCUUCUCUUUUCCAAUUUACAAACCCUGUGAGCUCCUUAUCCAGGGUGACUGUAAACUGGAUUUGAUUGUUGAAAAUGAAAUCCACUGUAGUGCUUGGUCAAACCAUGAAAAAAGCAAUAAAGUAGUAAAGUGCUCAUUUUAUGCAUUUUAAGGCAACAUUA